ACAUAAGUACAGUGAAAGUGUAGUAAGAGGAAAUACAAAUAGGUCUAUACAAAUUCACAUAGUCUGAAUUAUCCGGACAUAUUUAUCUAGGCAUGUUUGGUCUAACUUAUCCUAACUUAAAUCUUACAAUUUCUUGUUCUAAUUGAGACAAAUGACUGGCAUGUUAAACUUUUUACACUUACCUAGUUAGGCUACUUUUACCUAGCCUACAUAGUGGGCCAAUGAUAUAUUGCUUCUAAAAUUGAUAAAUCCAAAUUCCAAGUAGCUAACAUAUUUCUACAUGUUAAACAAAGAAAUGUGUACAUUAGGAAAAUAGGUGAAAUAUCACAACGUUUGGUAAAUAAUGCCUACAUUGUUUUCCCAAGAAGCCAUCAGAUUAGCCUACUUUCCCUCAAACAAUGUUCACCCUCCCUGCGCAUACAGCUGUCUGCGCAACGACUCCGCAGCCAUGACCCGUAUGAAUGUUUUCCGGCAGUCAUCUACAACCAUAGACAGUACAACACGUAUUUGUGUUUCAGCACGUCCAUCUGGCUGACUGUAAUGUUGCAUUCAGAAGCCUAUGGGCUUAAUGGCAGUAGUAUAUUUUGAGGGCCGUGCUUCACAUCAAAUGGCAGCCGUUGUCUGGGUGCAGAUAACUGUAAGCUUUUUCGUAUUUUUACUAUCAGCACCGAGUCAAGCUGCUCGGCUCUACACCGAAGAUGAUCCAGUGACUAUACUGACCACCGACACACUGAAGCAGAAUGUUCACAACUCUUCAACAGCUUGGCUGGUCCAGUUUUAUUCAUCGUGGUGUGGUCAUUGCAUCCAGUACUCGCCGACCUGGAAAGCCCUGGCGGGAGAUGUCAAAGACUGGGAACAGGCCAUCCGCAUCGGAGUACUGGACUGCGCUCAUGAGAAGAACUUUGACAUCUGCAAGGAGUUUGAGAUCCACUUUUACCCCACCUUUAGGUAUUUCAAAGCACAUGGCAGCAACACUGAUGUCGGCAAAACAUACAGAGGUCCCGACCGUGAGCUUCAGACCGUUAGACAGCUGAUGGUGAACUUCCUGCAGAACCACACAAAGCAGGACUGGCCCUCUCACUGCCCUCCUCUAGAACCCUACAGUUCGGAGGACAUUCUGGCAUUACUGGGACACAAGUCGGAGCAGUACACAGCUGUUAUCGUUGAGGAUGCCGAUUCCUACGUGGGGCGGGAGGUGAUCCUGGACUUGAUGCCUUAUCAGGGUGUGGGCGUCCGGCGAGUGCUGAGCUCGGACAAGCUGCUCAUGGAUCGGCUGGGUGUGACCGACGUGCCUGCUGCCUACCUCUUACACCCCAACGGCACGCACGGCCUUAUGGACGCUCAGAAGAGGCUACGGUUCUUCUUCUCCUCCUUCCUCAAGCUCCUCCCUGGCGUCCACAGACAAAACUCCGCCUUCCUCCAGAACUCCGCCCACUCUUCCAGCAAUGGCCACAAACCCACCGAGGAGUGGAAAGAGUUUGAGAAGUCCAAGGUGUACAUGGCUGAUCUGGAGUCAGGCUUGCACUACCUGCUGCGGGUCGAGCUGGCCACACACCACACUCUGGAGGGGGAGGAGCUUAAGGCCUUUAAAGACUUUGCCACCGUCGUUGCCAAGCUGUUCCCAGGCAGGCCCUCGGUGGUGAAGCUCCUGGAGACGCUGCUGGAGUGGGCUGUCAGCCUGCCGCUGGACAAGAUCCCGUACGACGCCGUGCUCGACCUCGUCAACAACAAGAUGAGGAUCUCCGGGUUGUUCCUGAGUGACCGCGUCCAGUGGGUCGGCUGCCAGGGCAGCAGCGUGGCGUUGAGGGGGUACCCCUGCUCCCUCUGGAUGCUGUUCCACGUGCUGACUGUACAGGCCGCCAAACGCCCUGACGCCCUGGCCAACACAGCUCUCGAGGACGACCCGCAAGCUGUGCUGCAGACCAUGCGCAGGUACAUCACCACCUUCUUCGGCUGCCAGGAGUGCGGCCGCCAUUUUGAGGAGAUGGCCCAGGAGUCCAUGGGGGCCAUCAAGACGACUGACGAAGCCGUUCUCUGGCUCUGGAGGAAGCACAACCAGGUCAACCGCCGACUGGCAGGCUCCAUGAGUGAGGACCCUCUGUUCCCCAAGACGCAGUGGCCGACCCCUGACCUGUGCCCCACCUGCCAUGAGGAACGCAGCGGCAUCCACGUCUGGAACGAGCCCACCGUGCUCGACUUCCUCAAACGCCACUACGGCUCCGCCAACAUCUCCCCCAAGUACACCCUCCAGCCCGCUCCGCCCGCUCCCCCCAAAGACCCCCCCGCCGCCCCCCCCGAUGCCCCCAACGCAGGCGCAGGCGCCGACUCCAACAUUCCCGCUCCCGAGGCCCCUGCCCAGCCCGGCCCAGCACAGCCCCCCCUGGAUGUCCUCCCUCGGCCAGAGAGCCUGGGGAACCACAGCGAGUCUCAGCUCCAGGUGCAGCCCCGGCGGGAGCUCCAGCGUGCGCAGCGGCAGGUGCAGGGGCAGGGCGUGGGGGCCCAGAGGGAGCCGCGUGUGGGGCCUAGCGUCAGCUUCCUGGCCCUGGGGUUCUCCAGCGUGGACAUGAGCCUGUGCGUGCUGCUCUACGCCGCCUCCUGCGUCUUCCUCAUGUUCAUGUUCUUCUUCUUCCGCGCACGCUCACGCCGGUGGAAGGUGCGCGCCAACCGCCCCUUCGUAUAGCAGAGUGGCGAGGAGUGAAACAGCACCACCCACUGGUCACCGACACACUGGACUCCUCUGAGGCGAGGACAGGAGAGGAGAGGAGAGGGAUGCAUUUUUCCCCUCACUCUUACAUCUUUAUCAUGAUUCAUGCUAUAUCUCUUUAGUGUCUUCUUUCUUUCUUUCUUUCUUUCUUUCUUUCUCUCUUUCUCUUUCACUCACUGUGUUUUUCUCUCACUUGUUCUUUUUGUCUUUUUUCUCACAUUUUCUGUCUUCUAUCACUUUUUGUCUCCUCCUAUGAAAAAGGAAGGCGUUGGAGGAAAAGGACUCUUAUUUAUUUGUUUGUAUGUUUCCAUGUUGUGUUUGUAGUGUAAAAGACAAGACCAUCUUCAGAUGAAGGAGAGAAAAAAAUCACCUUGAAGUGUACCAACAAGUCCUACGCCUUUGUACAAAUAUAAUGCCAGAAUUUAACAUACACAAAUUUAAAUGGUUAAAAAAUGGAAAGAAAAUAUUUUAUUGAUGACCAAUUGUGCUAUGUAUGUCAGAUUGAGCUAUUUUUAUGUGGACCUAACUACUUGGGUAUUUGUAAAGAUUUUUAUGAGGUUGAAAAAACUCAUGGUCCUCACCACAGUAGAACUCUCAUUGUGCUGCUAGAACCUCAGCGGUUCCAUGGGGUUCUGAUAAGCGGAAUGAAAAAAAUGAUUGCCACCUUCUGCAAAAUGUCAAUGCAGAAACUCUUUACUUAAUUAUGUUGAAGUAUUUAGCAGAAUUAAUAGGAUGGAUUGUUUGAUAUUAUUUUAUAGUGUGGUAGCCCCUUCUGAGAUGCUGUGGAAAAUGGCUGCAGGAACUCAUGUGAUCUUAUUUGUUGCAACUCUGGUGGAUAUUUAUUUACAAGCCAUGCAAAACUACCGUCCGAUUUCGUCUGUUUCUGUUUACUAAAACGACUACAGUGCUAAUGUAGUAUUAAUGGUGAUUCAUCGUUCUUGAAGUUGUGUUGAAACUAGUAUUCCAGUUCACUCAGUUGCUAUUUUAACAUCAUUUUAUGUUUUUCAAUGAAGCAUCAGUAGUGGGGUGUGGAGAUGACUCCAGAGUGUGGUCAUGCAUUACCUACCAUCAGGGAACGGCCGCUUCUGCUUGAUGUGUGGUCAGAAAUGGACCACGCCAUUGGGCGACGCUCAGGGGCGCCGGAGCAUUCUCUGUGGCGGUCACCUGCCUGCGUCCCAUCAUCAAUGUGAAUCCAGGAAAAGAGCAGUUUGGUUCUCUGAAUGAAUGAAUGAACGAAUGAAAAACUAACAGCAGACCUCUUUGUGUUCCAGAUGAGUGUGUGUUGAAGGGAUGUGGUGACAUUGUGGACACCCUCACUAGUGGAAAGUGUUGUUGGUCAGCGUGUGCCAGAUGGAUUAACACUAGUCCCAUUGUGUGUGUGUGUGUUCAGAGUAGUCUCACUUCAAAAUGCACACCCAAGGAUUGCGCCUGCAACAAGAGCAUUGAGGGCAGUGGUGUUGUGCUAGUCAAGAGCUUUGAGGGCAGUUGUGUUGGGCUAGUCAAGAGCUUUGAGGGUAGUGGUGUUGUGCUAGUCAAGGUAUCGCUUUCCUCAGAUAAUUCCAACUCCUUCUACUUGAACAUUCGGUCGACACUUAGAUCUGAGGUGUUCCACUCCCUGAUGAGUUUUAGGCUUUGAAAAGACCAGAGUGGGGCUGUAUUUGUGAACCUGGGAGAGAGCAGUGAAGUCACUCAAGAGGCUCAUUGGUUCUCUCGCCUCUGGUUUGGUGAAUACUGCUCUGUUUCCGUAGAGAGCUGUGUGAGUGCUUGUGGAGGAUGUUUGUCUGUAAGGGGAGAGUGAAGGGACCUUUUUGAGCUGCUCCAAAUGAUCUAUUUUGAAUCUCAUAGCAUCUUUUUUUUUUUUUUAGUUCUUUAACAGUAUGAUAUUUUUAUGUGCAGAGUAUAUUUUGUUUUUUGUAUAUAUGUGGUCUUGUAUGUUCACAUAGGGAAUUCUCGCAUUUUGUAUAUUUAAAAAAAAUAUGCUGUGAUUUUUGUCUCUGAAAAUAAAGAAUAUUUGCAUCAUUCAUUGGUAUAUUGUUACUAGAGGUCUGCACUCCCGCGGUAGACCCGCGGGCGGGAGUGGGACAUCAUGUUCCAGAUGCGUGCGGGAGUGGGACAUCAUGUUCCAGAUGCGGGCGGGAGUGGGACAUCAUGUUACAGAUGUGGGCGGGAGUGGGACAUCAUGUUCCAGAUGCAUGCGGGAGUGGGACAUCAUGUUACAGAUGUGGGCGGGAGUGGGACAUCAUGUUCCAGAUGUGGGCGGGAGUGGGACAUCAUGUUCCAGAUGCAUGCGGGAGUGGGACAUCAUGUUCCAGAUGCGGGCGGGAGUGGGAC